AUGGCUUGCAUUAAUGAAGGAGAGCCAAUGACUCCUAGAGUGAAAUUUAGGACAGUGCAAAAAAUUAAAAAUCAAAAAUAUAUUUCUGAACAGGCUUAUUUAAUUCCAGAAAAUGAUGGAACGGCUGUGUAUUUGAGUUAUGAAUUAAAUAGAACAUUAGAGAAUAUAUUUAAUAAAUAUUCGAUCAAUGGUUACAUGGGAAUUAACGAAUUUGUUAGGAUGUGCUAUGAUUACAAUUUGCUACCGAAAAAUAAGAACAAAGAUAUACUUUACUACAUUUUCAAAUCAUCCAAUUUAUCUGAUGUAGGAUACAUAGAAUAUAGAUACUUUUUCCAAUUACUUCAAAAGCUGAGUGCAUAUUUAUUUCGAAAAUUAAUUAUGACAGAACAGGAAAAGCUCAAUGUUUUAAUUAAACAUCUAACUUCUUUAAAUAAUUCCAAGAUAAACACAAGCAAGGAAAAAUUUAACGUUGGUAUACAAGUGUCGGUGAAGAAAGAAAAUAGAGGUUGUAAUGCUGUUUGUGAUAUGAUUGAUCAGUGUUGUGUUACUUCUGUAGAGGUUAAAGAUGUGGGAACAGGAAUCGACACAAGAGAUAUAGAAUGGGAUAAGAAGAUUGGAGAAGGAGAAAAAGAAAGCAAUGGUAUGAUAUAUGAGAACAUUUCAACGAAUAGUUAUCACACUCUAAAGUUUACAAGCCCUGAUGAACAAGAAAUGAAAGAAAGAAUAAAUGAAAUAGAAAAAUUAUAUUUUCAUAAAGAAGACAUUAACAUAAAAUUAAAAGAAGAAAUAAAUCAUGCUUUGAAUAUUAUUGAAGAAAAAAAUAAAGUUAUUGAAAAUAUGAACAAAAAAAAUGCACAACAGUUAAAAAUAGAAAGAAACAAAAUUAUUCAGUUAAAAAAUGAAAUCCAGAAAUUACAAAAAGAAAAGCAAGUUGUAGUGGACUUAGAAGAAAUGGAUAUUAAACCUCAUCCGAAUUACAAAAAUAGAGAGAUGGAUGAUAAGGUCGAAUUAAGAAAUACAGACAUGGAAUAUAUAAAAUGCAAAAAUUCAGCUAGUGAUUAUUUAAAGUUAAAAAGACUUCUAGUUCUACCUGGAGAAGAAGAGGCGGCACUUAUAAAAGUUUUUUCCACAUACAGCACUUACUGCGGCGAAACGGCAGAAUAUGUAAUGAGCAAAAAGCUUUGUGCUAAUUUUUUGGCAACUUAUUAUUUGCUUCGAAAAAAUGGGGAAUGCACAAAACAGGAGGAUUUAGAUGUAAGAACUGCUGAAAUUUUAUUCACUAAAGUAUUAUGUCAGAGGGCACACAUAGAAAAGACUGAUUUAUUUGAAGGCGCACUCAGUUACUUUUACUUUAAGCUUUUUCUUUGUAAUUUAGGAAAACAUCUGUACCCUGAUCUCGACGAAAGAGAAGGAUUCUUAGAAAUCGUUUUAAAUUACAUAUUAGUUUUGAAAAGAAAUGAGGAUUUCAAAAAUUGGAAGAAAAAAAGUAUGAAAAUAAAAAAGAAGAAUAAAAUAAGAAUAGCAUGCUCUAAUGACUUGAGCAUGCUUAGAGGAGACAUUGUAGGUAGCUAUACUAGUAGUGAAAAGGGUAUGAUAUGUGAUGAAUUAAAAAAGAACAAAUAUAAAAUAAAACAGAGUAAUAGCACUAAUGCGAAUAAAUCAAUGUCUGAAAAUGUAAAAACUAGAAAUUUUCAUACAGAUCUAUCAUUUGAAUAUAUCGAAUCCAAUGAAACAAAAAAAAAAAAAGAUAAAAUUCGAGAAGGCAAAGUAAAAAAUAAAAAUGAAAAGAUAAGUGACAGCAUUACUAAGGACAAUACUAAUCUUUUAAAAAAUAAUAUCAAAUAUAAUAAUUUAUGCAUUUAUGAUGAAACAAGUAAUGAAGAAUGCAAUUCUUUAGAUUCAGUUCAUUCAGAUGAUCAUAAUUUUUUCCCAUCACUCCCCAAAAAAAAAAACAUCAUUAUGAAACCUUUAAAAAUGAAACAAAAUAUUUUAACCUUACCGAAAAAAAAUUACACACAUUUUGCAAAUACCCAUACCAAGCGAAAUAAUAGUGUGAAGAACAUGUUUCCUCUUUAUGACAUUGAAGGAGAAUUAUGGCACUCCAAAUCGGAGAGGCAUAAAACGUUUCUCCCACAAUUUGGUAAGGAUUAA